AUGGCCACUGCUACACCUGCAACUCCAUCAACAAAAGAAACAACUAAUUAUGCCAGGUUAUGCCGUGUUCUUGUCGAUGUGGGUACUUGUGCCCUCAGGGAUUUCUUUGAUGCCACCUGCACACCAAAACCUCUUUACACCGUCUUGGCAGCCAAUCGACCCAAAUUGAAGUCUUUAAGGUCACGAAAAAUCAUCAAUGCAACUCAAUGGGGAAAACUUUUUCCAGCCAUUUCUUCUUCAGUCUCAUCAAACCAUUUUGACAUCACUCUACUGGUGACUCUGCUACGCAACAUCUGUGGUCUCAGUCCCCCCGGGGGAGCGAUAACAGGAUGGGACGUGCUCCCUGCUGCCACUGACCUGAGCUGUGAGGCGGACAUUGUUCGAGUUAAGUUUUUCAGAAAUACAGUGUACGCUCACGCCAAACGCGCUUCUGUUGAUGACGUAACAUUCAAAAAAUACUGGAAAGACAUCCGGGACACACUGGUGCGACUAGGAGGAGCUACCUACAAGGUAAAAAACUUAAUACGCCACUUCCACGUUUCCCAUAAUGCACCUUAAUUUGCCCCAAAUUUUGCACAACCUUUGUUUUUCAUUUCUCCUUCCCAAGAGAAAUUGAAAACAAUGCUUAUGCAACAUUGUUGGGGGGCAAAUAAGGUACAUUAAGGGAAAAGUGGAAGUGGCGUAUGCUUUUGUUGUUGUUGUUGUUGUUGUUUUUUUUUUCAUCAUCAAUUACAUCAAGGGGUAGGAACUGCACUGGCGCAUCAAAGAUUUGAUUUCAAUGUUCCCCUUUCCAUUUUAAGGUCGCUAUUGACGACCUGGCAUCAUGCUGCAUGGAUCCCGAUAUGGAGCUUUAUUAUAAAGAACUACUCCAUCAGUGGAAAAUUGAUGAAGAUAAUAUAAAAGAUGAAUUGAAAGAAAUUGGCGUCGGCGUAAAAGAAAUUAGCAGCGACGUAAAAGAAAUUGGCGCAAGCGUAAAGGAGCUUACAAAGAAGCUUGAUAACUUAGCGGCAUCAACUGCGAAUCCUGUCAGGGAAACAAGUGAGGGAGGUGAGAGACCUUUUAACGACUACUAGCUCACCACCUUGCCUUGUUAAAUAAAAUAAGUGAAAGAUUAAGUCAGUUAACUAAGCAAAGAAAAGCACAGUGACACUUUCACAAUAAGACAAUUAUAGACCGCCGCAUGUCAUUCUUCACCAAAAUUACUCUAUUCCCGCCAUAAUGGUGAACCAGGAUUAGUAGCGCCAAAAUUUGAUACUUCUGUGUAUGCGUAUGCAUCUUAUCCAGUUUCACGUGUUAACUGAUUCUUCGCCUUCUUCUUCUGCUUAUGCUUGUUCCAGGCGUGAACCAUAAAGGCUUCAGUUUUACAUGGGAUAAUCUGCAAGGACGGUUUUCAACGAGGUGCAGCAUUGUUCUGACAUUGUUUCGAAUUACAACAAUCGUUCCAGCAUUGCUGCCCUAAGAUCGUCGUUGCAAGUUGUCCCGUGUUAGUUGUGUAACAUUGCCUUUCAGCUUUGUUCCAAGCGAGCGCUUAGCUCGUUCUGUUGAAUUUCGUCUCUAAGGGAUGCACCAUUAGAAAUGUGAAGGGGGGGGGAGUCCAAAAACAAAAAAAAAAAUCCUGCAAAACAAAAUUUUAAGAAAAAAAAAUCCUGCAUUGCAACGAAACCAGAAAAAAAUAUCCUGCUUGGAUAACCAAUGUGACUGCGACAAUAUAUUACACAGUCUGAAAAAUAAAUCUGUGAUCUGUAACAGGAAAUCCCCUUCCCCCAACUUCCUAAAUUCAUGUCAAACUACAUUUCAGGCAGAAAAAACAAUUUCUACUGGCUAAAUAGAGAUUUCAAUUUGAACCAACUCUGAUGCCCUUGAUCUCUAUAGCUGCCAUAGUAUUAAAUUAAGAGACUGUGGUGAUAAUUGUUUAACUUUAUAAAUUAAAUAAACUUUUUUAUUGAAAUACUUUUGUUUUAAUGGGAUUAAAGUGAGAUUGUGUUAACAACGUCAAUAGUUCCACUUGCACGCAAGUUUAUGGAGUUGGUGUUGUACAAUAUGCGUUGCUACUUGAAUCCAUAAAGUUUACAGCUAUAAACAAAAGUAGAUGUCCCAAAAACACCAAUCACACUGCAGAUCCCGCUGCAUUUAAAAGUAUUAAGAAUAUUAUUUACCCAAACUAACACAAAAUAUUUUGAAUGCUUUGCAAAACCAUAAAUAGAAAUGGUGCAUUCUAAUAAAAACUUGAACCUAAACAUAUGGGCCACAGACAUAUGGUAGGAUUUAGAGGAAAUGUUCUUCAAGUUCUUCCUCUGUAUCCCAGUCCUCGCCUGAUGAAGACUGACAUGCUGGCUGCAGUUUUACUUCUUCUUUUUCUUCUUCUUCUUCUUCUUCUUCUUCUUCUUCUUCUUCUUCUUCCUUUUCUUUCUGUUUUUCUGUCUCUUGUCUUCCCUCAGGUUCUUUCUCUGUGUUCCAGUCCUUGCAUGAUAAGGACUGAGAUGCUUGCUUUCCUUCUUUCUGUUUCUCUGUUUCUUGUCUUCCCUCAGGUUCUUUCUCUGUGUUCCAGUCCUCGCCUGCUUGAAAUUUCUUCUUUUGUUUUUCUUUAUUUUCCUUUAGAGCAUUCUUCUUCCUCUUUCUUCGCAAUACUUGCUGGCCCACACUACUCCCAAAGCUUGAGCGAUACUUCUCUACAAUAUCUUGGUAUUCUGUGCAAAUCUUGGUAACUUCUUCAACCACUUUCUCUGCCCGUGGUAUCAGUUCUUGGUAGAACUGAUUUGUCUCUUUCAAGCCUGUAAUAAAAUUUAAAAUAUAGGGACUAAUAUUUUUUCUUUAUUAUGACUAUUGUGCUCUAGUCCUGGGGUACCCCUCAGAACAUUCUCAAAGCUGACCCUAUCUCAUGGACCAAAAUAUUUGAUAUCCCAAAAUCAUAUUCAAACUUGACCUCCAUUAAAAAAUCUGUACCCUAUUUGAGACUUGGGCACUUUGUUGGCGUUAUACAUACGAAAGGCUUCAUGGUCACAUGCAAUGACUUUUGAAUGGGGAUGGGGGAGCUACUUCUGUUUCCCCUUUUCCAGCUUUCAUACAAAAGCAAACAGUCUAGUAAAACAAGACCAAAAGAGGGCAUAGUCAUUUUGGAAAAAAAAAAUCGUGCAAGGGUUUGAAGGUUGAAAAAAAAAUCCUGCACUCCUGCUGGUUGUGAAAAAAAUAACAUGCCUUUCCAGAAAGUCCUACCCCCCCCCUUCACAUUUCUAAUGGUGCAUCCCUAAGAAAACAUUGUCUUUGUUUUAAAACUGUAACAUUACCCAGAGCAAUGAAAGGCAUCUUUCAGUAGAAACCCAAAUAUUUGUCUGGGUCUGCUACAUACACUUGGCUUUCAACGUCCUUAGUUCUCAAAAUCAAGGAAGAAUGAUCUUCGCAGUUGUGAGUGCAAUAAAUUUCAGCAAUUGCGUAAGAAGCUUGAAAAAAUCCAUGACUUCAACGCGAUUUGAACCUGUGACCUCGCGAUACCGAUGCGAUCUUCUAACUAACUGAGCUAUGAAGCCACUGAUGUUGGGAGCUGUCUGUGUUCAUAUGUUCCCUUGAUUAUAUGUUUUAUUUCAUAUACAUCUAUCACGUCCUUAGUUCUGUCGACUCUAUGCCAUGUGACACAAUAGCUAACAUUUCUAUACAUUUCAAAUGCAUUUUUGGUAACUGCGGUUCACGUGAAAAUGAAACUGAAUAACGCGAGACUCUCACUUGAGAAAAAAAUAAAUUUCCGACAAAGUUCUGAAUGAUCUUGAAGCCUAAAGAUCAUAGAAAACGGCGAGAAAAUUUCCAAAAAACCAACAAGAGCAUCUCCAUGUAUGCUAAUCGAUACUAUCUAGCAAUCGAUUAAGAACAUCCCUAUGACUUUUUCACGCGCUUGUUUUAUAAACAUUAACACUCCCUAAGGAGCGAAAUAGCUUUUGUAACAUCGAAGACUUCAUCCCAUAACGUUCUAAUAGAUUUUAUUUUAACUGGCAGCUAUUUUUUAUGUUCAUGUUCCCCAUAAUGUAAUUUGUUUUCCCCACAAACUUUUGCAUAAGUUUUGUUUUCAGUUACUCAAGGGACGUUUCUUUGUCCCAGGCAAAAUGGCAAGUGAAGCAAAACUUAUAUAUAAUUUUGUAAGGAACAAAUUGCAUUAUGGGGAACUUGAGGGUCUCCAAUCGACUUUAUACAAAAUACCACCGUCUUUGCGCGAGUUUCAAGAUUGUGGAAUAAAAACAAGGUAUUUCAAGGGGCAAACAAGUGAUAAAAUUUGCAAAUACGAGUAAUCGCGGUCAAGCAAUAGCAAUGCCUCCACCUUAGAUAUGACGUUUAUUUUCAAAUAAGUCCUCUAACGUACGUAAUCUCCAUCUCGAUUGUCCCCAAAAAAGAAAAUCCCGUCGAGAAACCUUACGUAACAUUAUCUUAUUUCGCCUGUUCAUAUUAAAGGUAAUGGGAUAAAACCCACUGAGAUACUGGAAACCCCGUCUGUGUGCACAAAGAAAUCUCACGAGAAUGAACUUCUGGCGUUUUACUGUAAGAAGUGCAAAGCGUGCGUUUGCGACAAAUGUAGACGGAGCCGUCACAAUCAUCACCCUACCGUGGAUAUCCAUCAAGCCGCAGAACAACGCAGAGCAGAUAUUGAAGAGAUUGUAGAGGAAAUGAAGAAAGAAAUUGCUCGUUAUGAAGAGUUCGCAAAAAGUACGAGAGAAUCUUUAAAAAAAAGCAGAGAAAAGAUUACUUCAGUACGCAAUGAAGUAAUGACAUCCGUUGAAGAGCUCAUACGACUUUUACAUGAUCACGAGGAAGCUAUGAUAACCAGUUUGGACAAAAUUGAGAGGAAAGAACAGAGAGAGCACGAAGCGAAACUACAACAAUUUCAAGGUCCUAUCAAUCAGAUACAGAAUCAUAUCGAGAGGUUUAACGGCAUCUUACAGAGGAAGAAAAGCCUUGAAAUUUUGCAAGCCCAUCAUGAUCUUAUUGAAAGGUGUAGAGGUCUUAUAAAUGCAGGGAAACCGAACAUUAGAAAACCAUCGCAUGCAAGAUACAAGGCCAAUAAAGAGAAUAUGGAGAAAGCGAGAAGUGCACUUCUGGCCCUGGGUAAAGUUACUGUCAUUACCACAGAUCCUCUGACGUCGAAUGGCAUACAUCAAUUUGAAUUAGGAAGCGAAGUGACAUUUAAAACAAUGAUCAAUGAUGCUGAUGGAAACCGAUGCUACAAUGAACAAGAUCUGCUUGAUGUGGAAUUUCAGUCGCCCUCAGGAAAAGUAGCGAGACACAAGAUUGCACCCAGAAAAGAUGGUGAAUAUAGUGUCACUUACAAACCCGAUUAUGUUGGAAAACAUGAGGUACUAAUUGCGGUUAACGGUGAGCCACUGACUGGUAGUCCAUGGAGUGUUCAUGUCAUGCCACAUCCUUACAAAUUUGUAACUUCCCUAUUUACCAAGGAAGGACAAAGACGGUGUGAUUUUCCCUCUUCUAUUGCAAUAGACGACAAGUCUGAAAAGGUUGCAGUGACCUACUAUGAAAACAGGGUUCAGCUAUUUCAUUUACAAGGAACGUAUCUAACAGCAGAAGCACAGAUUAGUACUAAACAUCAAACUAGACCAACAUCAGUGGCAUACACCAAGUCGGGUGAACUCAUAGUUGUUGCUUCUAAUAAGAUUGCAUGUUUCGAUGAAAGUUAUAAAUUUAGAAAACACGUCAACAACAGACACCUAAAGAAGCCCGACCGUCUGUCUAUUGCACCUGAUGGACGCAUGGUUGUGUGUGACUCGGGUUACUCUGCAGUUAAGGUUCUGUCCUCAGAUGGUUUACGGCUGUUACUCACCAUUAGUGAUCCUGAUCGUGUAACUCCAUGGUACGCUGUGUGUCAUCAAAAUAUGUUUUUUGUUUCCUAUCCUGAAUCAAGUAUUGUUAAGGUUUUCAGCGAGAAUGGAGUGUUUCUGUACAAUAUCGGCCCCUCAGAGUCUGGUGAUGGACACCUGAGCUGUCCUGUUGGCUUUGCGAUUGACAGGUUUAACAACCUGGUGGUAUGUGAUCAGCAUAAGGCAAGACUUCAAAUAUUUACUCUCGACGGAAACCUUUCAAAUACAAUAGAAGGACAACACACUGGGCUUACUGGUCCUUGCUCUGUUGCUGUGUCAAGCACUGGCCAGCUCUUUGUUACCGAUUUAGACAAAAGCUGUGUGUAUGUUUUCCAGUGA